GAUAAGCCGAGCCGUUCCAUGUAGUGGUAGUCCCCCGACAAGCCCGACUCGCCGGGGCUCAUGGCUCAACAGAGGUGCAAUAACGUCGCAUCAGCACAUGCGCUCACCCAACAUGUCGACGUGCAUACACAACCACACUGCUGUGUCGUGUACAUUAAUACCCGGACGCGCAUUCACGGCGCCGUGGGGGUCAUGGCUCGGAGACCGACAAGACGGCUGCUUGCCUAUGGUAUUGUUGCACCAUGCGCAUUUAAUUCAUCUCUAGACGCGGUGCCGGGGUAACCCCCCCUCCCCUACGAGGCAUCCGUACAAGGCAACCAUACGAGUAACCUCGAACCACGUACACGGCGCACGACGGUGCGGCCAAGCAGCACCUGAUGCAAUUUGCUCAGCCAGCCCUGCGACUCCGCGCCUUUCUUUAUUAUAUGACCCCAUUGCUGUCCCUCUCUCACACCCAGUUGCCAGCAGCCAUGGCAGAAUCGACCAACUUGACCGCGCAGUUUGCGCCUGCACUCGACUUCGAGCGAGCGGGAUACGCCACUGGACCAGUCACCUCAGAUGCCUUUUCCACUGUUGACGCCGAGUGGCACGACAGCGAGCCUGGGACCGUGUUCCGCGUCGAGCCCAUGAACACGUCCGAGUACACGCUGCCUCCAGGCGUCGCAGGCGUACGCAUCCUGUACCAGAGCGAGAAUUUCAACGGCAGCAAGACGCCAACCUCGGGCGCGAUUCUGUUCCCGUACACGCCGCUAAAGUCCAAGGACGGGGCCAACACGGUCGUGGUAUGGGCGCAUGGCACCUCAGGUCUCUAUGCCAAUGCAGCACCCUCGCACCUCCGCAAUCUCUGGCAGCACCACAUCGGGCCCUUCCCGCUGGCACUGAACGGCUACAUCGUCGUCAUGCCCGACUAUGCCGGCCUGGGCGUGAGCAUCGACGGCCAAGGCAAGCCCAUCGUGCAUGAAUACCUCGCCAACCCCGCCGCGGCCAAGGACCUGGAGUACGGCUUCAAGGCUGCGCGAGCGGCCUUCCCCGAGCUCGGCGCCAGCUUCGUCGUCAUGGGCCACUCGCAGGGCGGCGGCGUUGUCUGGAGUUUCGCAGAGCGCAUGCACACGCACCCAGUGGCCGGCUACCUGGGCAGCAUCCCCAUCUCGCCCGUAACCAACAUCCUCAGCGAGCCCAUGCCCAUGCGUGCCAUCCUCACCGCAGGCGCCCUCUGGGGCAUGCAAAACAUCUUCCCAGACUUCGACAUGAACACGAUCCUGACCGAGGUCGGCAAGGAGCGCAUGCAAGCCGACAAGGCCAUCGGCGGCAACAUUGGCAUCACAAAGAACUUGUACUUUGGCGCCGACCUCUUCGUCCCCGACUGGGAGGACAACGAGUACGUCCAGCGCUUCAAUGCACUCGUUCACGGUGGCGGCCGCCCCAUCGCCGGCCCCAUGCUCCUGAUUCAGGGUGAGAACGACCCGCUCAUCUCCUUCCCCGUCGUGAGGGCCGCUGCCGAGGAGACGGUCAAGGUGGCUCCGCACGCGUCCAUUGAGUACCACCAGUAUCCCAACAUCAGCCACGUGCCGGCCAACUGGGUCUCGCAGCGUCUAUGGCUGGAUUGGAUCAGGGAUCGGUUCGAGGGGAAGAAGACGGAGCAUGGCUUGAAGGUCAACGUUAUGAAGCCGUUGAGGCCCGCAGAUACGUAUCCGCCGGAGAUGAAUUGGUAUGUCGGGUACGCAACAGAGUACUAUCAUACUCCAUAGAGAGGGGACAAGUGUCCAAGCAAGGCAGUUUCAUGUGUAUAGAUAGCCUAAACGAACCCUUUCACAAGGUGCCUUGGGCAAUUCGUUUAAUAGCCCUGUGUUACAAAUGACAAUUGGAGCUCUAUACCUCAAAAGUUACUGUCUAUAAUUAUAAUGGAUGAUAUCCCGGUCU